AUGUCCCGCUACGGAGCCCUCGGUGCAACAUUCUACAUUUCCCGCCUCUUCCAGACCUGCUCCCUCAUCGCCAUCAUCGGCAUGACCGCCAAAUUUAUCUCAGUAAUCGUCUCAUCAAACGCCACACCACCAAACAUAGUAAUCGGCACAAUCAGCGUGACCUGCAUCGCAGCGAUAUACUGCAUAAUAAGCACCAUCCUCUUCAAAGACGACAUCCUCCCCUUCCUCCCUGGCGCUGUCCUCGACCUCCUCCUGCUCAUCGCAUUGAUAGUAGUAGCAGUGAUAAUCGGCAAGCCACUUUCCUACCUGAAAUGCACGACACUAGCCGAACUGGGCGACAAAGAUGCCACGGCGUACGCAUUCGCGAGCCGGUUGUCGAGUUAUUUGGCUAGUAUUAGUGGGAGAAUUGAUUAUGUUUCUUGGAUUGGGGCUAGUAAGGCGAUUUGUCUUGAGAUGAAGGCUAUUUGGGGAUUAAGUAUUGCUCUUUGUAUUUUGUUCUUCUUUUCGACUAUUUGUUCUGUUUGUUUGUGGCAGCAGAAGAAGAAGGUUCUUGCUGAGAAGGCUGUUGAGUGA